UUGUAUUUAUGAAAUGCUGCUGCUUCUCCAUCAGCGGCUUCUCUCUCUUCAGCCCCACCCAUCUUCGGCUCCUCAUGCGUCUCCUCUCAGCAAGCACAGAGCAACUCCAAUCUCGACCCGUCGCUUUGGGCUGAUGAUCGGCGGCGGCGGCAACGCUGAUGAUCUCAGGAAGAGGCGGGGUACCGACUCCCAUUCUCGCCGUGCGGUGGAGAGAGAGUCGGAGUUCGAGGUCGACCCGGAUAAGGCCCGACAAGCCCUCGCAAAGCUCGACCAGCAGCUUCAAUCCCUCUCGCAAAAGCAAGUCAAUCCUCCAAAGAGAAAGGCUUCGGAUCUCGAUCAACCACCAGUUCAAAUGAGAGAAGAAACACCAGAGUUCUCAGUAUCAUUUUUAGCAUACUCAGCUUUUGCUCUCCUUAUCUUUACCAUCUUCUACAAUCUGCUAUUUAUUACAGUUAUAAAGCCAUCCAUUGAUGGCUCAUAACCUGAUUCAGCUAUACCUGUAAGAAAUCCUGGAGAAACUGUGCUUCCACCACCAUUGUCAUGGUGCCAGAAGUCACGAGUUUGUACUAAAAGUUAUAAAUUCAAGCUUUCGUUUCAUU